CACUGCGCAGUUGGUCAGUUAGCGCGAUAACCAGUCUGGCAACACUGGGUACUUUGUUAUUUUUUCUCCAUCAAAUUGUUUAUCAGUAUUAGAAAAAGAAACAUAGGAAAACAUAAAAUUAGCUGCGCGACUAACCAGAUUUGGGGUCCCAGCCACUUCCGCAGUUCGAAAUAUGUGCUAAUCGCUCGAGCAGGUCGCAGAAAAGACCACACGCAAAGAGGGCGUCAACAAAAAGUCGUGGGGGAGUAAACCAGAACAAAAAGUCUAGGAAAAGUAAGACUCAGCCAAACACUCCAUCGCAAACCGGAAUUCUCGAGGCCAUGAGCAACCACAGAUACCAUCAGGGGGGGAAUUACAUGCAUCCCCGGAUGUCCUAUCCACACCACUUCACCUACGUGUCCUCGUGCGUGAAGUACAUGAUCUUCCUGCUAAACUUCCUCUUCUGGCUCUUUGGCGGCCUGCUCCUGGCCAUCGGCGUUUACGCCUUCAUGGACAAGCUGAAGGACGGCAACGGCUGGGUGAGAUUUGACACGGUCUACGAUGUGUUCUUCAACAUUUCCCUUGUGAUGAUCAUCGCCGGGGUCGUCGUCUUCUCGGUCAGCUUCGCAGGCUGUUUGGGAGCACUGCGCGAAAACACCUGUCUCCUGAAGUUCUACUCGAUGUGCCUGCUCAUGUUCUUCAUCCUCGAGAUGACGCUGGCCAUCAUCUGCUUUGUCUUCCCGCAAUACAUGAACUCCUUCCUUGAGUACCAGUUCACGGACAAGAUCAUCCACUCGUACCGCGACGACUCCGACCUGCAGAACUUCAUCGACUUUGCCCAGCAGGAGUUCAAGUGCUGUGGCCUGAGCAACGCCGGAUACCAGGAUUGGAGCAAAAACGAGUACUUCAACUGCUCCUCACCGUCAGUUGAAAAGUGCGGCGUGCCAUACAGCUGCUGCAUCAAUGCCACCGACAUCAGCUCCGGCCUGGUGAACAUUAUGUGCGGAUACGGCGUGCAGGAGCAAUCGGUGGCUGCCGCUAGUAAGCGCAUCUGGACUAGCGGCUGCAUCGAAAUCGUCCGCGUCUGGGUGGAGCGUAACUUGUAUGUGAUUGCCGGCGUGGCCCUGGGGAUCGCUCUGCUUCAGCUGUUCGUCAUCUAUCUGGCCAAGACCUUGGAGGGCCAAAUCGACCUGCAAAAGUCGCGCUGGUCGUGAGUGCAAUGCCACCAUCCGUACCUGUACGGAUAUCCACCCUGCGAGGACGACCCGUACUACAAUUCGCGAAUGUGAGGCGGACUGUUCUGGUCCUGCCCGUGCUCAAAUAAUUUCAAACCGAAACCAACCCCUAGAAUAAUCCAUAGCUCCCUAUAUACCAUCUCUUGUGUUUUUGAUCGAUUCAAGUUCUAAUGCCCACAAAAACAGUCUUACAAACGUAUUUAUACUCUUCUAGGCGUAAGUAACAUAUUUAUACUCUAGAAUAUUCUUAAAUGACAGCUAUUUAUGUUUUUACACUCUUAGUCAAAAGUAAAGUCGAACAAAUUUAACGUUUUACUCGUAUACAUAUGCAAUACCGUACUAUUUAAAAGACACUUGUAUAUAAGCUAGCGAGUUCCAUAAGAAAUAUGCAUUUAAAAUGAAAAUUAUAUAUAAACGACGAAACCAAAACUGCAUGCACGUUUGUUAAACACAACAACAUACUAGAAUUAUUAGCAUUUUUAAGUAUUUGCGCGCGUUUGUCUGCAAACCUUGUUGUAGUGCGUAUUUAAAUACAGACAUUCUAUACGUGUAA